AUGAUAAUGGGAAUGUUUAAUGGUUUAGGAUGGUCGGAAAGAAAAGCAAGUAAAAAAGAACGUAAAGUGCAUGCUAAUUUAGAAUUGCCAAAAACCGACAUAGAUCAUAAAGGGAAUCCAAGAAUUAAAUAUGUGACAAAUAAAAUAGUAACCUCGAAAUAUACAAUUUGGACUUUUUUACCAAAAAAUUUAUUUGAACAGUUUCGUAAAGCUGCGAAUAUGUAUUUUUUAUUCAUGGCCAUACUUGGACUUUUACCACAACUUGCAACAAACAACCCCAUUUUGACUGUUCUCCCUUUAUCAACUGUAGUCUUUUUCACUGCUAUGAAAGAUGCUAUCGAGGAUAGAAAUAGACAUGAAAUAGACAAGAAAUUCAAUAGUGAUACUUGUUAUGUAUUGCAAAAUUUUUAUAAUGUAAAUUAUCCUCGAGAAAAAUUAAUUACUGCUUGGGAAAAAAUAUUGUAUAAAUUAUUCUUUAAAUCCGACAAAAAAGGUGUUGAUGAAGAAUCUCCACCAUCAGAACCGUCAAAUACUAUAGAUGGUCAGCCAUUGUUUAAAAAAACUACAUGGAGAAAUGUUCGUGUUGGUGAUUUCAUAUUUCUUAGGAAUGGAGAUGUUGUACCUGCUGAUUCAAUAAUUUUAUCAACAUCAGAACAGUCAGGAACUUGUUAUGUUGAAACUAAAGAUCUUGACGGUGAAACUAAUCUAAAACCUCGUAGAUGUGUGCCUGAUACAAAAGAUAUCAUUAACAGUGCUAAAGAUUGUACAAAACUGAAAUUUUAUAUUGAAUCAGAAGCUCCAAAUUCUAAUUUGUAUUCUUACAGUGCGAAACUUGUAUUAAUUCAAAAUAAAUCAGUGCAACAAGGUGAAAUACAAGAAGAAGAAGCUAUUGAUGAAGAAAAAAGAAUAGUACCUUUAGAUGUAAAUAAUUUGCUGUUAAGAGCUCAUGUUAUUAGAAAUACAAAAUGGGUAAUAGCAAUUACUAUUUUUACUGGCAUUGAAACAAAAAUUAUGCUUAAUUCUGGCGAAACUCCAAGUAAACGUAGUAGAAUUGAGAAGGAAAUGAAUCAUGAGGUUAUUUUAAAUUUUAUCAUUCUUAUUAUGCUUGCGUUAACUUGCGCAAUAGGAAGUGCUAUAUCAACUUAUGUAUUGAAAGAUAAAGUACCUGAUGCUGUUGAAAGAUUAGAUUCAAAUAGAGACUCAAUUGAAUUGGCCUCAUUUGUCACUUUUUGGGCAAGUUUAAUUAUUUUUCAAAAUAUUAUUCCAAUCUCAUUAUACAUUUCAAUAGAAUUUGUGAGAAUAGUUCAGGCAUUUUUUAUUUAUAAUGAUCUUGAUAUGUGGGAUGAAGAUUCUCAGGCUUCAUGUGUUCCAAAAUCUGCAAGUACACUCACACGUAACAUAAUGGAAUUCAGGCAAUGUUCUAUUGGCGCUAAAAUAUAUGGUAAAAAUGGUUGGGGUGAUAAAACAGAUGCUGAAAGAGGAAAAGAAAUGAUACAAAGUCAGGUUGAUGUUGUUGAUGGUGAUGACGAUAAUAACAAGUCAUCUAAAGAUCAAAUUUUUAAUGAUUAUUUACAAGAGUUAACAAAAACAUUUAAACCAAAAUAUUCAAGUACCGAUUCCAAUUUCUUGUCAUUUGCUGAUCCUGAAUUAUUUAGAGAUCUUAGAGCUCAAAAAGAAGAUAAUUAUAACGAUAGUAAAAUUGAAUAUGAAAUCGAUGACGAUAACGUUGGCGGCAGUAGCAGUGGUGAUGGCAGUCAUCAUCAAGAUUUGAUAGAUAGAGCAGGCUUGAUUACAAAAUUUUUCACCUUAUUGGCAAUUUGCCAUACUGUAAGAAAAGUCAGAGAAUCAUUUAUUAAUAUUAAUAGUAUACUACCAUCAUUGAAAGCUCUUGAUUCAGUUACAAAUCUAGUUGGCCCAUCAAAUCCUGGUACCAUGAAAGCAAUUCCAAUUGACAAAACACUAGAAAAAAAUCUUAUAUAUAAAGCUGAAUCGCCUGAUGAGGCAGCUCUUGUCUCGGCAGCUAAAAAUCUUGGAUUUGUAUUCUUGGGUAGGUCUACUGAUUCUAUCACAAUCGAUAUUUUCGGUAAAGAAUAUACCUACCAAAUCCUCAACAUAUUACAAUUCAAUUCUACUCGUAAAAGAAUGAGUGUUAUUGUUAAAAGUCCAGAAGAAUUAGGUAGCGAGAUCCUUUUGUUUUGUAAAGGUGCUGAUAACGUCAUUUUUGAACUAUUGGCUCCUGGGCAAGAUGAUUUAAUCGAAAAAACUUCCAAUGAUAUUGAUGUUUUUUCUAAUUGUGAUGAAUCGCAUUAUCAAACAUGGUCACAAAAAUACAAUGAGGCAUCGACAUCUUUAGAAAAUCGAUCACAGAAAAUUGACCAAAUUUCUGAAGAAAUAGAAAAGGAUUUAACUUUGUUAGGUGCAACAGCAAUCGAGGAUAAACUCCAAGAAGGAGUGCCUGAAUGUAUUACGUCAUUAAGAGAGGCAGGAAUUAAAGUUUGGGUGUUGACUGGUGAUAAGCUAGAGACUGCAAUUAAUAUUGGAUUUGCAGCUCAACUAUUAACAAAAGAAAUGAGAUUAUGGAUUAUAAGAGGAUCUAAAAAAGAUAGCGUAAUGAAGCAAUUAGAUGAUGUAGUGGCUUCCUUACUUGGAAACAAUAUUGCGACACCUAAUGGACAACAACAAAAUCAACAGAUGCAAGAAGCUUUUCAUUCAGUGAUAUGUUGUCGUGUAAGUCCUUUACAAAAAGCUUUUGUUGUAGAGCUAAUAAGAACAGGUAAAAGGACUACAACUUUGGCCAUCGGGGAUGGUGCUAAUGAUGUAAGUAUGAUUCAGGCAGCAAAUGUUGGUAUUGGAAUAUCUGGACAAGAAGGAGUUCAAGCAUCAAUGGCAGCUGAUUAUUCUAUGCCACAAUUUCGUUUUCUUGGAAAUUUAUUAUUAGUACAUGGCCAUUGGGAUUAUUUGAGAAUUUCUGAAAUGAUAUUGAAUUUCUUUUAUAAGAAUGUAAUAUGGGUAUUUCCUGUAUUAUGGUAUCAAAUCUUUUGCCUAUUUUCAGGAAAUAUAUUUUACGAUUAUAGUUUUGUACAACUUUACAACAUGAUAUUUACAGUCGCACCUGUAAUUGUAUUAGGUGCAAUGGACCAAUCGGUCAGUAAAUCGUAUUGUUUACGAUAUCCAAGUAUUUAUAUAUUGGGCAUUAAACAAAAAAGAUACUCGAAAUUCCUGUUUACAAUCUAUUUUCUUGAUGGAAUUUGGCAAUCGUUAGUUGUAUAUUUCAUCCAUCACUUUAUAUAUAUAUUGUCCGAAAAUGUGGUGACAAUCGAAGGAGCGGCAGCUGGUCCAAUUGAAUUUUCUACAGCAGUAGCAGUUUCAGUGAUAGUGAUAGCAAAUCUGUUUGUUAGCUAUAAUACUUACCAUUGGACAUUUUUUACUUGGGCAUCUUUAGUCGUAGAAAUUUUUUCAGUAUUUGCGUUCGUUACAAUUUACGGGAUGUUUGUGGAUAGUCCAAUAUAUGGAAUUGGUGCACAGUUGUUCAGUGAGCCGAUAUUUUGGUUUGGAUUAUUAUUCGUAAUUUGGUUGUCAUUGUUACCAAGAUAUAUUAUAACAUUCGUUAAACAAUGGUGGUAUCCAGAUAAUUUGGAUUUGGCGAGACAAAUUAGAAAAAAAGAAAAAUUGGAAAAACAUUCAAUAAUUACAACAGAAGUAGCAAAUGAAUCACCAGAGAGAAAAUCUAAAGAAAAGAUAUCACCACCUACAAUUCAUGUCGAAUUUGUAGAAUAA